ACCCAACACUAGAGGCUAGUUAGAAGAUUUGAUCAGUUUUUCAGAAAUAUCAUGUUGAAAACGUGUCACUUAAUUGUGGCACUUACCGCCAUAUACCUAUUAAUUGCAACGCAAUGUGUGGACGCCGACAGAAAGCAGAGCAAAAAGUACAGCAAAGAGGCAAACAGCCCGCAUUUCAAGCAGGUCGCAGAGGAAAAGUAUGAGCCGGAAAUUCGGAAUCUCCAGCGACCAUUUCGCAUGGCUAAAUUGAAUCUGAUUUGGUCAAAGGCACAAAACCGUUUGACUGAAAGCAAAAUAAAGUCUUUGUACAUGGAGCUUAAAAUACACGAUAAGGAGGAGAUUGCAUGGAAGCAGCUCAACUCGCAGCACAAGGACAAGGAUGGUCUGAAGGCCAAUGAGUUGCGCCAGAAGCUGAUUGGAAUAAUGAGCAGCUACGAUUUGCUGGAACACUUUGAAGAUACCCAGGAUGCGGAAAAAAUAAAGCCCUUUAAAAAAUUCCACGAUCCCGAGGAAAGGCACAAAAAUAAAAGUCUAUUUAAGGACAAGAAACUAAACCGUUUGUGGGAGAAAGCAGAAAUAUCCGGUUUCACGGCGGAAGAGCUAAAAUCCCUUAAGCAAGAAUUUGAGCAUCAUCAGGACAAAGUGGAUGUGUAUUAUAGCUUACUGGAAAACAUUGGCACCUUGGAUACUGAUAAGCAUGAGAAUGCUAUCAACACCGAAGAUCUGGAUAGCUACAAUCUCAUUUCCAAUGAUCCCAACGAUAAUGAGAUUAAAACACAUGAACAAAAUGUAAAAAAGUUUGAAAGUGACAUGAAUGCUUUGCGUGGACAUCAUGUUGGUAUAAAGGAUCACUAUGAUCGCCUGGAGCGUUUGGUAUCCUCCGGACCACAUAGCCAGGACUUUAUAGAGCCAAAGGUGCAGGGCUUAUGGCGUGUGGCACAAGCCAACAAUUUCACGGACAAGGAACUGGCGUCUCUUAAAACCGAACUGCAUCAUUUUGAGAGUCGCCUGCUGAAGUUACGUCAUUUACAUGCGGAGCAUGCUCUGCACAAGGAGAAGUACAAGGAUGAAAAGCACAAGGACAAAAGCAAUCGAUUUGAAGAUAUGGAGGAGCUACUUAAGAAACAAACUCGCAAAGUCGAAAAACUUCAGGAGAAUAUUGAAAAUACCAUAUUCAAACAUACUGAACUUUAACUAUUUAUUUGAUAAUAGCCGUGCCAAAUGCGCAAAAUGAGCAAAUUAGUUGUAGACAAACACAUUCAUAUUUUCUGAAACAAUUGUUAACCUUAGCAUUAAGAUUUACUAACCUUUUUAUACCAAAACCUAUGCAGCUAUUGAGCGCAACAAUUGUGUUAUUAAAUGAAUUGAA